UCUUCUCCAAGAGUAUUGAGCGUGUGGCUGUGUGGGAGGGCAUAAGAGAAAGAAGAGAUUUUGGCUUUAGCUUGCUAGAGAGAGAUAGAGAAAAAUGGGCAUUAUGGUAGCAAUGAAUAGGCUGAAGCCAUAUAUCUUUAUGUUGUUCUUACAAUUUGGCUAUGCUGGUAUGUACGUAAUAUCGAUUGUUUCCUUGAAGAAAGGCAUCAAUCAUUAUGUGCUUGUCGUCUAUCGGAAUGCUGUUGCAGCUGCAGCCAUUGCACCUUUCGCAAUUUGGUUUGAGAGGAAAGGGAGGCCAAAGAUGACACCUAGAAUUUUCAUGAAGAUAUUGGCUAUGGCACUCUUGGAGCCAGUACUUGAUCAGAAUCUCUACUACGUGGGGACUGUCUUUACAUCAGCAAGCUUUACUGCAGCACUCGUCAAUAUUCUUCCAGCCAUUACCUUCCUAAUGGCCUUCAUCAUCGGAAUUGAGAAGGUAAAAAUAAAGAGCAAGCGCAGCCAGGCAAAGAUUAUUGGAACUCUGGUGACAGUAGCUGGAGCAGUUUUGAUGAUAAUGUAUAAGGGAGCUGUUGUGGAUCUUCCAUGGACAAAAGGAAGACCUCAACAGGAAGUUACUGAUGCUGGAAUCCAAAAUGAGAGGCAUUGGAUUAUGGGCACAUUUAUGUUGAUAGUAGGCUGUACCUGUUGGUCUGCUUUCUUCAUUCUCCAGGCCAACACCCUGAAAACUUACCCAGCUGAGCUCUCACUUGCCACUCUAAUCUGCUCCAUGGGAAUGGUGGAGAGUGCUUCUGUUGCUCUUGUUAUGGAGAGGGGAUUGAAGCCCUGGUUAAUUGGCUGGGAUACAAGGCUCUUUGCUGCUCUUUACUCGGGCAUAGUUUGUUCUGGUGUUACUUACUACAUCCAAGGGAUGGUAAUGAAGGAGAGAGGACCAGUAUUUGUCACUGCUUUCCAGCCUCUUUGCAUGAUAAUUGUGGCUAUUUUGGGCUCCAUUAUACUUGCUGAAGUGAUCACAGUAGGAAGGAUGAUUGGUGCUACCAUAAUAGUAAUUGGCUUAUAUUUUCUCAUAUGGGGCAAGGCUGAGGAUCACGUAACCCAAUCUUCUCAGAAGCUCCCAACUGUGCUGGAUCAAGAUGCGAAGAAAUCGCCCGCAGUCGAGAAAUUCGUCGAUGUUUCGACCCCAUGAAAUCGCUGAGGCUACUAGAUAUGGUUGCAGGGAGAGCUGAGGAGACUAACCUGGAUUGUUAAGAUGGUCAAGUUGAUUAAUUUGAUCAAGAUGUUACUGCUUGGUACUUAUAUUACUCUUGUCAUACUAAUUAAUACUCUUGGAGUAUUGUAUUAAUCUUUUGAGAUCCUAUCAUAUAUAGAUAUUGGGUGUGAUCAUUAUUGGUUUCCUUUUGAAAAUGUCUUCUUCUGUUUUAAAUUUCUGUCAGAUCUGAAAUGUGAAAUUGCGUAAUGACUUAGUAUUUGUAUGUGGUA